GUUCCGCGUUACUCCUCCCCCCAGCCCCGGUGUGUGAGUGUUUGGGUGCGUGUGCUGCAGCUCCUCGGAUGAUGAUGUCGGUGUGUUCGGAGCCCGGCUUCUCCAGUGAGGAGGUGCUCAACCUCCGCUUCCCUCUACACCGAGCGUGCAGGGACGGAGACCUCGGGUGCCUUCAGUCUCUGCUCCAAGGCCCGCCCGGGAACACCGCGCAGCAGCUCGGGAAGGAAGACUCGUGCUACGGCUGGACGCCCAUACACUGGGCCGCUCACUUCGGGAAGUUGGAGUGCCUGGUACAGUUGGUAGGAGCAGGAUGCUCUGUUAAUGCCAGCACAACUCGGUUUGCUCAAACUCCAGCUCACAUUGCCGCAUUUGGGGGACAUCCACACUGCCUGGUAUGGCUAAUUCAAGCAGGUGCCCAUGUAAACAAACAGGACUAUGUGGGUGAGACCCCUGUCCACAAAGCAGCAAGGGCAGGUAGCAUGGACUGCCUUAAAGCCCUUGUAUCCAAUGGAGCUCAAAUAGACUUUAGGAAUGCCAAUGGCUUGACAGCGGCUGACCUUGCGCACUCCCAAGGCUUUCAAGAGUGUGCUCAGUUUCUCCUUAACCUCCAGAACAGUCAACUGAACGGUUUUUAUUACUGCAACUCCUUAAACGGAGUCCUCCAAGGAAACUCCUCUAAUUCUUUUAAUGGAGGCACAAUAAAUCGUAAGCGAUCCUUCAAUGACUUAGAAGCUUAUGCUAUCAAGAAGCUUAGAACCGAAGGAGGCAGCAUUCAUUUACGGUCUGAUUUGACUGGAGGGGUAGAAGACGAGAGCAUGCAUGUAGAAAAUCACUCACAGAUAUCAGAUGUGAAUGGUAGCUACACUACGUUAACAAAUGGACAAGCAAGUCAUGGAUUUAAUACACCACUUGGAGACAUGGAAACAAGUCCUAUGAAGUGCCUUCUAUUGUCCCAAGGAUUUAACAAUGUUACAGUCACAAAUGGCAAGAAAGAGAGCCCUGAUGAAAACGGGACUUUUGCUGAAAAUAACGUUGAUGCUAUGAAUUCUCAAGCCUGUGGCUCUUUGCAUGUCAAUGGGAGUCCCAGUAGUUGGGUAGCCCCUAGGCCUUCUUUGGGUGAUGGGGUUACUGAUGUCUUACAGUAUGGCUACUACCAUGGAUUUGGAGACUCUGCUGAAAGCUUACUUGAGUACAGUAGUCUUACUGAACAUUCUGAUUCAGUUAAUGUUGAAAGUAGGUAUAAAAAUACAUUCAUAAGUACACUUCAUCAGUAUCAGGGAUUCUGAGGUUGUAAACUGUUCCUAAAACAUGGCAUCUUUAUUGCCCAUUUAUAUACCUAUCAUUUUUUUAUUUCUAUUUUUAUUUCUAAAACUAAAUUUAAAAUUAGGCAUCAUUGCCUAUCUGUAGUAGAGUUUUAGUUCCCUUUUUGAAGUCAAUCAAUACAAUUGCACACAGAAGUUACUUGUGAAAACAAACGUUCAGAGACAGGACAUAUGUGUAGGUCAAAGCUGUUUCCAAUAAUGUGAGGCAAACUAUGGAGACUGCAUGAUAGGAUGGGCAUCUAGAUGUUGGUGUACAUGGCAAGGACAUAAGUAAUGCUGUGUCACCUUUUGGCUAUGAAAGCAAUGUUUUUGUUCACUUUGUGUCAAAUUAGUUAUUUAUUUUUUUUUUAACAAGAAAAUGGUAAAGGAAAUACUAUAUCUAGCAACUUGUUACAUUGGUUAAGACUUUGAGGUUACAUUUUUUUUAAUUGGCUUUAUAAUAUCGGAAAACUUGCAUUUGCUUC